CGUCCGGACGAAUAGUCGAUGCUGGAGUCUCGAGGGUAGCGAGUGUGUUCGGAACGUUACUCUUCGUCUUUACGCGCGGAACAUCACACUACUUUUUUUUUCCUUUUUUUUUCUUCUUUUCUCGUCUAACUCUUAUAUCAUAUUAUCCUUUCUCUUUCUAUAUUGAAUAUUAUACACAUAUGUAUGUAUGUAUAUAAAUAUUUAUAUUUAUAUUUAUGUAUGUAUAUAUAUAUAUAUAUACAUAUAUAAUAUGUCUUGUAUAUAUCAUCGUCUUAUUCACUCUUUUUAAGAAGAGUACAAGAAAUAAAAUAGAAAAAUUUUUUAAAUCGUCAGAGUGCCUGGUGCGUCACUUACUCUAACAAUAAACGUUGAAAAACAGGUGGACACGUCGAUUUGGUGUAUACGUGCGUGCGUCGUGCAUGUAUGUAUGUAUAUAUAUAUAUAUAUAUAUGUAUAUAUAUAUAUAUACCGUGUGCCGUCCGGUCGGUCCUCUUCUAUUAAGAAGAACGAGCAUCGACCAGUCAGUCUGAUAUAAUCGAGAGAACUAUUAUCGAGCUUUCCCUGACCUAACGAAAAUCGUCAAACGUUUUCUAUAAGGGAAAAAUCGUGAGGAGGAAGAAGGAAAGAAAGAAAAAAGAAGAAGGAAUAGAAGAAGAAGAAGAAGAAGAAGAAAAGACAUAGAAAAAAAAAAGGAAAGUGGAAAAGAAAGAGAAAAAGAGAAUUUUUUCAGUUCGACAUCGAAACUGCCAAUCGUAAAGAAAAACUCUGAUCGCUAGUUUGUUUUUUGCUUUUCUCUCUCCCUCUCGGUCUCUUUUUUCUUUUACUUUUUCUUUUUUUUUUUUUUUUUUUUUUUUUUUUGUAAUUCUUUUACGUCAUCCUUCGACCAAUCCGAGAGAAAUUGAAGAGGGAAAAAAAAAAGAAAGUAGAAGAAGAAGAAGAAGAAGAAGAAGAAGAAGAGGAAGAAGAAGAAGAAAAAGAUAGAAAGAAGAUUUUCUUCUCUAUCCCGUCGUAAAUUUUCCUUGGAGAAGCAUGAAAUGUUCAUUCGCUAAAAGAGAAACUUAGAAAAAAGUAGUAUCUACGAGUGUUUAAGUUGCGUUAUUAUUUUCUUUUGUUGAUUUUUAUCUCCCUCUCUAUCACCUGUUUCUAUACCCAACCUCUCUCUAUCUCUCUCUCAGUGGUGAAAAUUUCUUUCUUUUUUUUUUUCUUUUUUUAUUCUUUUUUUUUUUUUUUUAUUUCUUUUUUUUUUCGAAACCGGUGAUAAUACAUACUGGUAGGACGUAGAAGAAAAACACGUGCAUACGUGUAUACGUUUAUACAUAUACAUAUAUAUAAAUACAUGUACACAUACACAUAUACAUAAAGAGAGAGAGAGAGAGAGAGAGAGAGAGAGAGAGAGAGAGAGAGAGAGAGAGAGAGAGAGAAAGGAGAGAAUCGUGAUCGUACGAAUGUGCAAAACAACGAGACGAAAGGAUGCUCAACAUGUCGCUCUGGACAUGGGAUAGAUGAUACCACUGAUGUUUAUACCAUGCCGUAGAUCAGACGAACUAGACAGAAUGGAUUGGACGUACGGACUCAGGAGGAGCCUCCUGAGGAUUUUAUCACGGUGAACAAAAAUUCCUAAAUCGCAAGACUGCAAAUCCGUCGUCGUACAAUCUUUUUUUUCGACGCGUACGAAAAAGACUGAAAUAUUAUUAAAAAGGAAACAACAUUGAAAAUAUAUACGCGUGCAAUACUGUUGGUCCAUCCACUUAAUUAAAAGGAAAUAAAUAAAGAAAUAAACAAAUAAAUAAAUAAAUAAAAGGAAAAAAGUACGAGGAGAACAAGAUACAAGAGAAAAGUAACAGAAAGAAAUCAUACCGUUCGUUAUCGGAAAGAAAGACUGUAUAAAAGAAAACGAAGAAGAAAAAAAGAAGAAUAUAAUAUUCAGGCCCAUCGCUAUUCGUUGUGUAUGAGUUCAAGAAAGUUGAUCGCCCUCGUGUAAGAUUCAUUGAUCUUUUUCGAUGGAGGAAGUGAAAGGAAUGUGAAAGAAAAGAAUACUGUUUGGUCGAAUAAGAAAAAAAAAAGAAGAAGAAGAAGAAGAAGAAGAAGAGGUAGAAGAAGAAGAAGUAAUAGGAGGAGAACAGGAGAAGGGAGAAGAAAAAACACGAGAGUAUUGUUGUUUCGUGUGCCAGUAAAUUCGGUGGUCUCGCUGUCGUAUGAAGUAAACGGGUGAACAACAGGAUGGGUUGUGGCCAGAGUAAAAUCGGUAACAUCUAUCCGAAGAACAAGAAGAACAAGAACAACAGCAAUAAGAAAAAUGGAGACUCGAUACUACGUUAAAAACUGUGACAAGGUGGAAGGACAUCUGGCAUCCUUUUUUCUUAUGCUUCCUGCUUCUAAGAAGAAGGAAGCCUCUUCGGUAAAUAUUAAACGCCGAGGACGCAGGACGUCGUCGUCGAGGUUAGAAAACAAGCAGAAGGGCGCGAAGAUGUGGCUAAAAGUUCUCAGACAGAAUAUAUCGCAUCUGGCUCGCAGAGCUAAGGGCAGCACGUCUGUUGAACAAAAGAACGGUAACGGCAAUGGCAAAGGAAACAAAACGAAUAACAACGGGAUGGAGGUGAAUAGAAAUGAGGAGCAAAAUGGUUCGGGCGAUGUCAAAGGUCAAACGAAGAAGAAACCGAAUGGUGCUGGAGGUGGACCGCUAUUACAACAAGCAGAGAUAUCCACCAGUCAGUUGGAUUUCUUCAAAAUGCUUGAUGAAAAGAUUGAAAAUGGUCCUGACUAUGACGAAAGUCUUGACUCAGCGAACCGAGCCGAACAUGUAUCAAAUCUUUUACGGCGUUGGGAGUUAGCAAGCGUAACGUGGUCGAGCGUGUCCGAUCUGAAUAACGCAACAUUGUCCAAUCAAAAGAAUCGUAAUUCCGGUUUGAGUACGUCGAAACAAAGUCUAAGUGCUAAGGAUCGGGAGGGGAUGAGAAAUAUAGUCGGUGGUAGGCCAGAGAGUGCACCGAUAUUUGUGAGAAAUGCUAAUCGUGUCGAUGGCCUUCAGGAAAGUCAUUGUCACUCACCUAACAUGCCAAGGCACGUUUUAGAAUCUAUUACUCAAAGUCCAACUCAAAGUUUGAAGAAUGUUACACCGCCAGGAAGUUCACCGACCGGUAGUGGUUUGCGUUAUCAGGAUAGUUAUAAGGAAUGUAACGCUAAUCAAAUGCCAACUAAAGGUACAACAAAAAUACAUUAUGGUUCGCAGAAUCCUAUAAACGGUGAAUAUGUCACACAGCAAGCUUUAUAUCGUGAACAAUAUCUUCAACAAACUGGAAUCAUUGUACCACCAUCGCAAUACUCUACUGGAUCACCAGGUGGCAAUGUACUCAGAAACAAUCCAUACGUUCAACAAUUUCAGAUCGGUAGCCCACAACAUUUCUCUGUAACGAGAAAACGAGGCUUCAAUGCCGCCCAAAUGACGUGACCAGGAUUGGCACGAACGACGAGAUAAGACUGAAUAUGAUUCACAGGGAACUCUUCUUGUGAAAAGCUGAGAGCUAAGGGAAGAGAGAGUGAGAGCGAGAGAAAGAGGGAGAGAGAGAGAGGAGAAUAGAGAGCAAUUGGACAUGGAAAGAAAGAAGAAAAAAGAUGGAGAGAGAGAGAGAGAGGGAGAGGGAGAUGGAAAGAGAAAGAGAGAGAGAUAGCGAAGGAAAAGAUUGUAAGGAAGAUCCAUAAAAAUGGGUUGCUUCUGAAAAACUCGUAAUCCUCAGCUCGCGUUAUUCAACUUCUUAUACUUUAGAUUCAUCUGUCGAUAAGAACUUUCCCAUGAUGUUUAAAAGAAAAAUGGUGGAAGAAGAUGAGGAGGAUGAGAAAGAAGAGGAGAAAGAGGAGGAGGUUGAGGUGGUGAUGAUGGUGGAAAGGAAGAAGAAGGUAAUGGCCUAAGGAUACAAAACGUGAUUCGAUCGACGAUUGAAAGAAGAAUAGAAGAAAAAAAUAAUACAAGAAAAUAAUCAGUGGAAUUAUGGGGGAAAAAAGAAAGAAAGAAGAAAACAAAAAGAAAGAAGAGAGAUCAUACACACAUCAUAAAUAAAAAAGAAUUCGCGUUGAGAGUGACUAAAAUAAAAGAGUGACUACCAUUGAUACUACUAUACAUCGUUAAUAAAAGUGCCAAAAUGCUCUAAAUAAGCAAUCUGAGAAAAAUCGCGGGAACAUAGUGAAAAGAAAAAUCCCUCGGCGCGAUAUUAUAAUACUCUAUCCUUCUCUCGUGAUCGUGUAUAAUAUGAGAAAAUUGAAACAGGCGAAAGAGAGAGAGAGAGAGAGAGAGAGAGAGAGA